UCACAGCCAAUAGGAAAGUAACCACUUCUCUCUCUCUCUCUCUACUUUUUCAAAAUUUCCCUCUCUCACACAGAGCAAGUGAGAAAACAACAAUGGCUGUGGAACCGUUAAGCCCUAAGCCAACAGCGCAGAGAGGUACAACCGCCAACCGUCUCCAAUCACCGAACAGCCCGUUAUUUCUGGGCUCCAACGACGACCAACUCGAACGCGCCCAGGCACGCGCUGCACGCGCCGCCGCCAAUCGCCGCGUUGCCCCUACCACCACCUCUGCCGCCACCAACACCACAACAACCGACCCUUACCUUAGCAAAGAACAGAUCGUCGACUUGUUCCACAAUUGCAUUAAGCUCGCCAGCGAAAAUAAAAUAAACCAGAAGAACACUUGGGAGCUGAAGCUUAUUGAUCAUCUUAGUGAGAUUAUCAAAGUUGAAUCUGAAAAUGAUACGGAGACUAAUUUUCAAAAGGCAAGUUGCACAUUGGAAGCAGGGGUGAAAAUUUACUCAGUGAGGGUUGAUUCAGUGCACUCGGAAGCAUAUAAGGUUUUGGGAGGGAUCAACAGAGCUGGAAUAGAAGAUGAACAAGAAACUAUUUUAGAUGGUGACAAUGGGCAGGACACGGCUCACUCUAAGAAAGAGACUGCGAGGAAGAUUUCACCACUGUCAACAUUGGAAUCCUCUUUUGAAGCUCUUAAUGUAAAGAAAUUUGAUGUUGCAUUUUCAGUGGAUCCGCUAUAUCAUCAGACAUCUGCACAAUUUGAUGAAGGUGGAGCCAAAGGUCUUCUACUGAAUAACCUUGGAGUGUAUGGAGGAUGUCGGGUACUUUUUGAUUCUUUUGAAGUACCAGGGAAGUGCAAAUCAUGUUCAUCCCAAAAUGAUACUUCUGAUAUGGUUGAUCUCUCUUUUGCCAAAGAGUCCAUUGAGCAGAUGGUGGUGAACAUGCGUGCAUCAAAUGAAAUUUCUCCUACUCUCAAGGAGAUUAUCUUUCAAUUUGAUAAGGAUAAUCAAAGGCCAUCACAAACAUUCAAUGUCGGUCAGCAAUCAGAUGCGACUGCUGAUGCAUAUGAUGCUAAUGAAGUUGAUUUUGAUUCUAAUUUAUUUGGGAAUAAUGAUGCAUGGACCUUUGAUCACGAGGCUGAGACAAGUUCUGUUAACCAGAGCUCCAGUUUUGGAGAUCCUAGUUUUCAAAGUCAUGAGGAGAGUGAUCCCUAUACAAUGUGUGAACCUGAUGUGGGUGACAGAUUUGAGAAAGUUUCCAUGUUUCUGUUUCAAGGGCUUGGAAUCACUUCAAAACAAAAUGCAUGGGCAGGUCCUGAUCAUUGGAAGUACCGGAGGUCUAAGGGUUCAGAGGAUACUCCUGCCCCAGAAAGUGGAUCAACCAUCACAAAUAAGAGAACGAAGAAGAAAAUCCUCACUGAAGUUGACAUUGACUUCACAAAUUCCUUGAACAAGGAAGUGGAUGAUAUCUUUCUUCCCCCCAAAAAUCCAAAGUCCUUACUUUUACCUGCAAAUAGAGCACCGACUAGUAACAGACUUCCAGAUGAUUGCCAUUAUCAACCUGAGAAUCUUGUCAAAUUGUUUCUUCUUCCCAAUGUUCUGUGCCUUGGGAAGAGAACACGGAAAUUUUCAGAUGCUAACUCAUGGCAAGGAAACAAUGAUUUUGGUGAAGCGUUGCCAUCAUGGGACAAUGAGAGUGUGCUUAGUGGUCAAUAUGAUGAUGGAUGUGUUCAUAAUGAUGUGGAGGAGAUAGAUGGACUUGUCUCUCAACCUCGCCGGGUAAACAAAAUUGAAGUUCAAUAUGACAAAACUUCAAAACAAGUUGAUGUACAUGCAUUGAAGGAAACUCUUUGGGGUCAGAUUCAAGAAUCUACUGAAGUUCCUGAGCCAGUGAGCCUCUUCUUUUCACUUGUCGUAGAUUCAUUUCUGACACAAAUGUGUGCGAAGAUACAAUUUCUUUCAGACAUCUCUUGUCCACCUUUCCUGCCGAAUGCCAAGCUGCUGCUCCAGAGGAUAUCUCUCCCCAUUUGUGUUUCAUCUGCCUAUUGCAUUUGGCCAAUGAGCAUGGUUUAAGCAUCCACGAUUGCCCCACUCUAGAUGAUCUCAGAAUAUGUCUUCCGUCUUCUUUCUGAAACUCAGAUGGAGUAGUUCAGGUUUCAUCCUAUAACCAAGAUGCCACUUGAUUUUUGUAUUAUAAAAAUUGGGAAAAUAGCAUGUAUCUCUCUCUCUUUUUUUGGGUGGAAAUAGCUUGUAUCUCUUAUAUGCCUAGUUCUUGCAACCAUUCAAGCACUAGAAAUCAGAAUUCUUAAAAAAAAGAAAAAGAAAUCAUAAUUGUAACAAUUAGCAGUAUUUUCUGGUCUUUGUUGUAUGAUUACGUCUUAAUUUUGUGUAUAGGUGGGUUUUAUUGUUUUCAGCAUAUCUGGCUUUGUAUAUGCUGCUAUAUGUGCACGAGUAUAGUGUUAUUUGGAAUCAUAUCUUCACUUCCUGUGUCA